UGAUCUCCGCUGUACAUUAUUAGUCUCCCCAUCAGAUAGCGCGCUCGCUGCCCCUACCUAUGUAACUCUGCUGUAUCGUUGCCUCCUAUUUCCUUCCAUGCACCCUCCUCUCCCUCGCUCUCUUCUCAGCCCCCACCCCUCCCCCAGUCUGUGCAUUGGUUGUUGCCUUGUGCAGUCUCUCCUGGAUGCGGCUGCAUCGAACCGCAGGAACCCCCCAAUCAAGGAGGCACGGAAGCUGCAGGGACAAACCAAACCCUUGAGACUGCUAUUGCCUACAAGAGAUGCGUGGUCGUGCCUGAGGGGCUAACAGUGAGGAGCUGUCGCUGGGCGCUGCCCCUGGACUAUUUUUCUUUUCUCCAGGACUAUACACUUCAGACUGUGCAUUUGCCUUGGGCUGAAUCUCGGCCUGUCCCUCAAGCUGCCCUCUGGGCUGUUCUGCGUCCUUUGCUAUCAGGGUGUGUCGGUGUAUGAUUCGCUUCCAAUUCUUCCCUUCUCUUAUUGAAGAUGGCGGAUCGAGCUGAUAUGUUUUCUCUCUCCACCUUCCACUCCCUCUCCCCACCAGGCUGCAGACCAUCACAAGACAUCAGUCUGGAAGAAUUUGAUGAUGAAGAUUUAUCAGAAAUUACAGAUGAUUGUGGAAUUGGAUUGAACUAUGACUCAGACCACUGUGACAAGGAAGGUCUGGGGUUUGGGCGCUGUGAUCCAUCUCGUGCUCUCUGCAGCUUCCAGGAAGAUUUCCAGGAGUUUGAGAUGAUUGAUGAGGAGGAAGAUGAGGAAGAAGAGGAGGAUGAAGAUGAACUUCCAGUACAAGAAAACACAAAGCAACUGGAAGCUCCACCAUCCUCAAGGCCAUCUGCUCUCCCGCUUGAGGACUCUUUGAAAAAUAGACCAAGCACUUUGGGAUUCACUGCUCCUCGAUCGGGAUUCACUGCUCCUCGAUCUCAGGACACAUUAAACAACAAUGGUGGAUUUAUUUCUCAAAGAGACAGCUGGCCAGAUCCUGGUAGAAACGAGACUGAGCUGGACUCCCAGUCCGAGAUCACGCAGCCAGAGCAAGAGAGCUGCCAAGUUCCUGACAGUGACAACACAAUAACAGAGCUGGAGAUGAAAGAUGACAGUUAUGUGCCCCCCUCUGACCAUCAGUCCCAGUCUACCUAUGGAGGCUUUGGUAGAGGAGAUUCAGAGCUGAGAGUAUCCUCACCCUCUGGAGAUCAGAAUAAUGAUCUGAGUCCUGACAGGAGAGCAAGCACACGGGGUCAUCCUUCCAAUUCUUCCAAUGAAACUACAUCUCCUUCUUCAGAUCCUGGAAUUGAGGCUGAUUUGACAAGUCGUGGGCGCUUCCUUCCCUCUGGGCACUGCAGCCAGGAUCUUAGCUCCCCAGGCUCUGAUUCAGAUGUAGAAGGGGAGAUUGAAGCAGCCUUUGCAUGUGAAGCUGGUAGGCUGGUAGGAAAUAUGAUUUCCUCUAUCUCAGAAACAGAGUUGGAUCUGACCAGUGAGUCAAGCAGUGGACGAUCUUCUCAUCUCACUAACUCUAUUGAAGAGGCUAGCACUCCCACCUCUGAUCCUGAACUAGACCAUGUGCUAGAUGGUGGUCGUGAAGGUUUAAAAGAAGCCAUCCUCUUGGACAAGGAAGAUGAGAUUGACCCAGGAGUGGAAGAAGUGGAAGAAAAAUACAGUUCUUGGAAUAUAGAUGAGGAAGCUCCACCCCAGGAAGAAUCAGCAAAAAACACAGAACGCAGUCUGGAAAGUUUACGGCGCUCAUUCUACUUGCCUGUUGGGCCAAAGCUGAUUUCAGAACCAGAUGCAAACAGUGAGUAUGACUCAGACUCAGAAUCAGAGGCUGAUUUAAGUGAAGAUUCAGAUUCCCCCUGGCUGCUCAGCAACCUUGUAAAUAAAAUGAUUUCCGAGGGCUCAUAUCCGAUUAACUGCCCAGAUGAAUGUUUCCAGAGGCAGACCAGCCCUUCUUGCGACACACUUUCACCUGCCUCUGAUUUGGACCCCGAGGCAGUUGAGCCAGAACUUGAAACCGAGUUUAGUGUCUCUAAAGAUAUGUCUACAGAGUUGGAGACAACAGAACAAAGCAUAGAGUUAGUCGAUAUGGAAACCCUGCAGAAUUCCCUAAACCACCUGGAAAAGGAAGACUCAGGCCCUGCAUUGUAUGUUAUGCAUGACUCCUGUGACACUGUCACUCCCAUUUUUGAAGGACUACCACCUCACUUGGAGAAAUUAUCCCACACAGCUAAAUGCAGAAUACAAUCUCCUGUACAUAGAUCUGAACAACAAUUAUGGAAUGGAAGAGAAGAAACUAUGCAGGAGCCAGCAGAAGGUUGGGAUAUUGAUCAUGAUCUGGAUUCUGGCAUUCUUGUGGACAAUGAUCUUUGUGAUGACCUUUGCCAAGAACUGGACCAAAACCAAACCAGCUUGGAUAUCUCCACAGCUAAAACCAACCGAGGCUUUAACUUGGAGUACCCUGGGGAGAAAGAUAAUGAGAUUCCUUACUACAGAAGUUUAAAGAAUUCUCCCUUUGAGAAUUGUGUUGUGGAGGAAAAUUUCUUGGAACCUCCUUUAACUGAAACACGUUUCAUAGAUGACUCGUUAGCUUAUGACUCUGUAAAAUACACAUUAGUAGUGGAUGAGCACACACAGCUGGAGCUUGUUAGUCUUCAAAGGUGUACAUCCAUAUUAAGUGAUGGCAGUGACCUCCUGACCACAUGCAACCCCUGUGACUUAGAAGAAGAUGAUUUUGGUGAUGAAGUUGAUGCCCAAGAAAGAGAGUCUUCAUCGGGAGAUUCAUCUCCAGAACCCAACGUGCCUUUUUCCAAGAAAUUUCUCAAUGUGUUUGUGAACAGCACAUCGCGGUCAUCCAGCACAGAUUCCUUUGGUUUAUUUUCCUGUAUAAUAAAUGGUGAAGAACGAGAACAGACACACAGAGCUGUGUUCAGGUUCAUCCCUCGUCAUGAAGAUGAGCUGGAACUUGAUAUAGAUGAUCCUUUGCUGGUAGAGUGUGAAGAUGGAUCGUGGUGUCGUGGAUACAACAUGAGAACAGGAGAACGAGGAAUCUUCCCCUCAUUUUAUGCACAUGAGGUUGUGUGUCCUGUGAAGGAGACUGUUGUGCUCAGAGGAAACUCGCCUUGGGUCCAGAUGUUUGAUGCUCAGUUUCUGGGAUCUGUGGAGGUACCAAAUCAUCAAGGCAAUGGCAUCCUUUGUGCAGCCAUGCAGAAGAUUGCAACUGCAAGGAAGCUAACAGUUCACCUAAGGCCCCCUGCCAGCUGUGAACUUGAAAUCUCUUCUCGUGGGGUGAAACUUAUCCUGAGAGGAAAUGACCGGCCAGAGGAUGAGCGCUGCAGUCACUUUUUCCAAAUGAAGAAUAUUUCCUUCUGUGGGUGUCAUCCCCGCAACAGCUGUUACUUCGGCUUUAUCACAAAACAUCCUAUGCUGAAUCGCUUUGCCUGUCACGUCUUUGUGUCCCAGGAUUCCAUGCGACGUGCGGCAGAGUGUUUGGGACGUGCAUUCCAAGAAUUUUAUCAAGAAAAUGUGGAGUUCAGUUGUCCAACAGAAGAUAUUUAUCUGGAGUAACCAGAGGCUUGUAAAUAAACAGAUGGAAUCCAGGGCAAUAUUGAGAUAAUUUAUAAUGUCAUACUCUUUUAGCAAGAACACCAGGGGCAGUGAGCCUGCAUGAACCCUCAACUUAGACUUCCCCCAGUCCCUUUAGUAAGGAAUUAUUAUUUCAGUGGUACAAAGCAUCUCUCAUUUACCCCAUCUGUUUCCUACUAAAAGCAUCCCAUGUUAGCCUUUCUCUUUAUCGCUAAAGACUGUAAAGCUUGUCAAUCCCCUUCCUUUCCAGCUAUAAACAGCAGGGUAUCUACUGUUAUUUAGCCCUCCUCUUCCUACCAGCAUAUUGUGCAUAUUCACUCCUUCACUCUCACAAAGCACUAAAGCCCCUCACAUGUUCAAUGGCUGCAAACGAUGUAAAGAACAUCCACUGGCCAUCUCCCUUACCAACCCUCAAACCAUUAUCCAUGAUUCAGUUGCUUAUAACUGAAGAUUAUUGCAGAUCAUUGCACCAUAACUGCUAUACACACACACUCUGCUAGUCCUUGUUUGAGCUGAUAAUGCUUUGGGGAAAGUCUUUUUUUUUUUGCAGUUUCCUUAGUUGUGCUCAAACAGAUCUGCACCUCACCACACCAUAGACAAUGACUCUGCUAUUAGUUUGGUAACUCCUAAACUCCUGUUAAACUGUUUGCCCAAGCUUGGCUAAGUUAUACACUAAUUACUCUUCCAUUUGUGAUGUUUGGAAGCUCCUCACAAUACUAUUCCCAUGUGUAAUAUGUCACCUGCAGCUCAUUGUUUAAAAAAAACCCUCACUGGUGAGCUCAUUGCACAAGACUACAGUUCCUUUCAUUGAUCUGUAGGUCAUUUUGCCCCUCUAGCAUCGCUGCAGUUGAAAUCUUCAAAUGAUUUCACCUCUAUAGGAGCUGCAUAUAAUUCUCCUACUACUGUAGCUCUGACACUAGGAUCUACACCAUGGUGAACAUGGAGAGAAAAUCUAGCCAUCUUAGGUAUCUAAGAGAAUAUAGUGACAUUUUAUUUCUGACUUAUAUAUUAUUAGAAAUAAUAAAGGAAUGUAUAAUAUGGUUUAAUAUGGUUCAAGGCUAAUUUCUAGAGUGGUGGAAACACAGAAUAUAAUGCAAACAAGGUGAGAAUUUCCUGAAGAGCUGUGCAGGUAAUUAUAAAAUACAAUACGACACAGGCCCAAAUUUACUUAAAAGCUAAAAAAUAAAUCGUAUGCCAGUGCACAUUUCUGGAAUUUGUCUUGUUGCAUUACUCCAGUUCAUAGUACUGCUAGGUUUUAUGCUGAAAUCUCAUAAGAAUAUAAUUCGUUUUAGUUACUAUGGUAUAAACUCCUCCUCAAUCUCUAGAAAACACACAGCUAUCCGCAAUAAAUGUACUGACUUGGCCUCAAUGUGCCUGCCAGUAAUGUGUAAACCAAUGGUAAUUAAAAUGAUCUAGAAGCAGUGGGCACCACGUCUUGAUGCUGGUAGUUCUAGUUUAACAGUGCCUAGAGGGAUGCAGUACGGGCACCCUGACCUCGUGUCGAAACUGGGUGUGCAAUAUGUUUUCAAGGCAUGUGAUAGUAAAGCAUAAGCAUGCUUGCAUGCGUAUAUAUUUUUCCUCCAUUUUCCUAACCCUUUGUAAAUCUGGGCCAUACUCUGGGAAAAGGAGUUUUAUUGAUUAAAGGAAAACUAUACCUAAAAUAAAGUAUCCGUGUUCUGAACAAGAAGAAGUUACUUGGGUUGAUUACAUUUGCUGCGGAUGCUUAUGCCAAAGGCUAUAGUUCAUUAACAAAGUGGAAAAACCACAGGAAUGCUCUUAGUCCUAUUUAGCUUAGUUCAGUAAGAAGCCUCUUCUCUGGAGAGUGGCCCCUGCCAGAACAGUGGAUGGGCUUCAGUGAGGAACAGGGGGACCAUUUUUUUGGGAAAAAGAGAUAUAGGCAAGCCUUGCAACUUGCUUUUAUCAAUACAAUCUGUCAUGGGAUUGCAUUUGCUAAUUUUCUAAGAAGGGUUACUAUUCCUUUAAGCAUUUACUCAAAGACUUAGCUAGACAUAAAGAGAAAGUGAUGUACUUUAUAGUGAUGGUUACUGAGGAGUUAAAUGAUGAUGGGAGCAGAGGAGUUUAAUGUUAGCGUUAGGUGAGGCAUUAUCUUUUGAACACAUUAUAAUUGAAUCUCUAUAUUUCAAUAUAUUUGUUUUAUUUUUUCAUUUUAUGGCUCAUCUUCUUUCUGCAUUAAAUAAAGGUUUGAGCUGAA